AUGAUUAGAGCUGGCAAAAUUUUACAACCAUCAGUUUUAUCACCAUUUGUAAAUGGUUUUUUACCAAAAUCAGCAUUGGUAUCAAAUAAAGGUUUAAGUCUUAAUAGCAAUAAAUCUUUAACUUUUACUUUUGACAGUGCAAGCAUUUUCUCAGCUAGUUCAUAUUCAACAACUAGUCAACAACAACAACAACAAAAACAUUUAACAGCAAGAGAUAAAUUACCAGAUAAUGCAAAGGCAAUUUUGAAUUAUAAAGUAUUCCAUUACAGUACAAUUAUUGUUGCUGUCAGUAUCUUACCAACAAUCUUUGCUCAAGGUACAAAUUUAGCAUUAGUCUCUGAUAUUGCCCUUGGUAUUAGUCUUCCAGCUCAUCUUUAUUUAGGUAUGGAAGCUGUUAUCAAUGAUUACAUUUAUAGACCAGCUUUAAGAACAACUAGUAAAAUUUUAGUUGGUGGUGCUGCCAUUAUCGUUUGUGCUGGUCUUAUUACUCUUUCACUUAGAGAUGGUAUUGGUAGUGUUGUUAGUGCUUUAUGGAAAUAA